AUGCUUUCACUAUAUCUAAAAGGAAGUUGCAAUCCCCGCUGGGUUUCGCAGUGCCUUUUAAGGACACAAUAUGUCGGUUUAUUCCGAUUAUCACAUAAGAUGGUUAUUCAACAAAGACAAUUCUCAAUAAAGUUUCCAUUCAGCAAAACUUCCCAAACUGAAGUUGUUGAUUCUAAACAUUUUUUUACGAAACAAGAUACAGAAGCCAACCAAAAUCAUGAAUUUACUACCAUAGGUGAAGCAAUCAGACAACAAAGAAACCGACGUCGAAGGCAAACAACGAUAAUAAUUCUUACUUUAGCUUCAAGUUUUCUAAUUGGAUAUGGACUAGGUUAUAAAGUACUCUAUUUAAGGGAAGAAAUAUUUUAUCCUUUGUAUCCUGCAUCUAAAUACCAUAAACUGAGCAGAACAGAAUUGCUAAAGAUAGAUACCCAACAAAUUGAAUACCUUUCCAGAAUUAGGGUAUUGGAAAAGCUUUCAAAGCAUGAAAUGGUGAAAGACCAGUACGGGGUACCGCUAAAACUGCCCAAUAAUAUCAAAGAAGAUGAAUUUAAGAUAUGGUGCGAAGACCAAGAUCCAUGUAUAUUUGGUGCUAUCAUCAGGCCAGAUUCUAAAAGAAAUAGACAACAAACCAGACAUACAUGGCAUAGGCUACCCUUUUUAUUCCAAUGGAGGUUUACCUAUAAAUCAAUUAGCUUCAUUGAAACCGUGAAUUCAGCUCUAAAAUAUAUUGGUAUGAAUAAAAAUGAUUUAUUUGAGAUUAUCGAACCUGAAAAAGUCUACGAUUCAUUUAAAUACGAAUAUCCAUUAAAAAAUGGUUCGAAUGAUGGUGAUUACAUCAGUGAUAGAUUUGGACAUAAUCACCCAAUGCAUCUUUGGUUUCUUGGUGAAAUCAAAUUAGAUAAUGAUUCACUAAUUGUAUAUAAGGGAAAGUACCAUGUGGAUGUGAAAUUGCAUGAAGUUGAUUUAUUAAGAAGAGAAGGCGAUCAGCUAAUCAGAUAUAUAUUAUAUAAGGAGGAUAAUGAGUAA